CGACGGCCCGACGGCCUCACGCAUGUUGGCCUGGCCGGCGACUCGGGCCCGACCGACUACGCCGGGUGACGUAGUCGAGCCACAGACGUUCUACUAGACAGUCACAAUGUCGGGAGCAUCGAUUUCCUACCCCCACCACCAGCACGGAGGGUACUCGGCAACAGCAGACGGCCGAUCGAGUCAGUCGAGGGCCGAUCUUCGGUCAGUAAAGAGCGCCAUGGCUACGUGCUAUCCCGCGUACGAACUGACACCUCCACAGAGGACAGUGCCCGUGCAAAAGGACUAUUCGAGACCGCUCCACGUGGACUGCAGCGUGGAAUACGAACUGCCCAACACGGCCAAGCCGCCGCAGGGCGUCCGCAACGAGCCGCUGCUCAUGAUCCAUCCGUGCUACUUCAGGAAGAUCGAGAGCCAGCGGCGAAGUCCCUUCAUCAACAAUCUUCCUAACAGACCGGCGGCCGCCGUCAAGCGGAGGAUGCCCCGCGGCCAGCAGGUGCCCCAACAAGUGCCACAGCAGGCCGCCCAGUAUCCCGUUCAGUAUUCGGCCGCGACCGACCGACAGCUCUGGGAACCCAUGCCUCCCCUAGUGCCAAUAUCAGCUGCUCAGCCUUACUGCAAGCGCGAACCGCUUGUGUCCGCGUGCGGCACCUACAGCUCAUCGGGCAGCGAUUCCGGCCACUGGACCGACCCGGACCGGUCGCCGGACCGUCCGGAGGACAAGCACAUCCUGUCCGGAAAGUAUCGCCAGUAUCUGAGGGCGCACAGAUUGCAUCCGUACAUGAGUUCGGCGAUACCGCUGGCCUCCACAUUCCCUCAGAUCCAGCAGGUGUGCUACAACGUGUGAUCGCUGUGAUAUGUUUUUGUCGAUUCGCAUUGGUCGAGAGCGGAACCCUUUGCCUCAUCCGCGGUUUCCGUAACCCUUCUUGUGAUAAUAGUGUGUAAUUUUGUGAAGACGACGUCGCUCGCCGGAUUAUACUCCGGGCGCAAGCGUCGGGCUCCGGGCGUGGUAGUGAUCCUGCUGAUACAUCAGCUGUGUCUGUCUGUGCAACUGCGACCUAUCCUCUGUUCCCCUUGGAUUUAUUGUUUUCCACCGCAAUCCGCCGUCGCCGCCGCCGCCGCUCAUCUUCGUCAUGUGCCGCCGCAGCCGCCGUCGCCGCCGCCACACCACUGGAUUAAUACUUGUGAACCACCACCGUCAUCCUCUCUGUGCAGUUUAUUAGUUAUAUGCACCCCGUACAGUGAAUGUCCUCAGAUCUUCGCGACGAUUCGUGACCGUCUCCUCCUCAAAUAAUUCAAAUACGGUACUACUCCUUCUGUCUGUAUUAUCAUACACAUAUUACCUUACCUAUCUAAGUAUAUACAUCGUACGUACUACUUAUAUUACAUAUUCGAAAUCGGCCGGCUAAGUUCAAUUUUGACGAACUCCACGCCGGAAUGAAAAAAAUUGCAAACACCACCCGAAAAAUCACUCUCACUACACAUACAGUUAUCGUAAAAACCCGUUCCUUCGAAUUUAAAUGCCCGUCAAAAUUGAAUUAACCCGGUUUCUGCUUAGAAGCAAUUAAUCAAUCACUUGUACAGCUUAAAAAAAACCGGUUAUCAAAGUGUAAAUGUUUUAACAGCCUCACUGAGUUUGGAUAUAUACGGGUAUCAUUUCCUUCUUCGGUUUACGACUUUUAAAAAGUAAAUAUCGCAUGUUCGCGUAGAGAUAGGAUAAAACUUUUAAAGAGAAAAAAAAAAUCAACAUUUCCCUUUCAACAGCUGUUUCAUGUACGCUAGUAUAACAGAAGCUUUAUAUAUCCUAUGUCUUUCAUUAGUAUUUAGGUUAGGUAUUUGUAUAAUAUACACCAAAAAAUGUUAAACUAAAACUAAUGUGGCAGAAUGAAUAUUUACGGGUCCUUACUCUUAUAUAGCUAGUAAUUAAUAGACAAUACAUGUCGUGACGUAUUUUAUACAAAAAAUUACAAAAAAAAAAUAUCUCGAUGUAAUCUGUAGUUAUGGGGAACUCAGCGUUUUCGUCGUAUUGAUCUAAUUAAUUAAUAUAAUCUGUUUUACUCGUCGCGUCGCAAAGAUCUGAGUUCAUUCAUUAACAUAAAACAAAAUGAUAAGUAGAAAAAAAAACAGGUUUCUUCAGUUGGUACAUUUUUUCCCGAGCUUUUCUAUAUGCGUACAAUUAAUUAUUAUUAUUAAACAGUAAAUUGAUAAACUGACCCUUGUUAACGGAGAUCGUAACUUAAACAAUACGACUCGCACUUUCUCAUAGCUGGUUCCGACACCGCAUUGCCUAGAUGGACGAUAUAUAGAAAACCUCGAGAUUGAUCGCAAGUCAGUUUUUAUUUACUCUGUCCCGUUCUCAUGACUUGGUUUGCCGUCGGUCGAAGCGUUCGUCGCCGUGGAGCUAAGAAUCUGUUUUUUCAUUUCUUUAAUUGUAAUGCAGACGCAGACUUGUUUAUUUAUUUUUAUGUUUAAUGUGAAAGUAAUUUAAUAUUGUGUGUUAUAAAAACGACUGAAAAAUUCUAGUUUGUAUAUGAAAAUGGGAGUGUAGAUAUUUUUUGUUACCUACCGGAAUAUUUUGUACAUUUUAGUUGAAUCUAGAGCAUUCCAAUGUUAACUCAAAGAAUUUUUGAUAGGGAAAAAUUAGUUUCUUUUGGCUCUAUCAAUAGUGGGACGUUCGAAUCGACUGUAGUUUCUUUUGUAUUAACUAGUGAUAAAUAUAAAUUAGUUUUCAGUCCCACUAUUCAUAGUUUUAUCUUCAUUUUGUUUCUGACUUCUGUAUAAAAUUAGUUGACAAUACUACUGUUAAGGUCGCAUUUUGUUGAUGCCAUACAUUAUUUCAAAUACAACAAUAGACAGUGUCAAAUUUAGCAUUUAGUUGAACAACAUUUUCGAAUCAUUUGAAAACUGUAUUCCGUAUUUUUACAGUAUACCAAAUAAUUUUUUAUGUAACUGUGAAAUGAAAACUUCGCGGCUCAAACGGGACUUCAGGGUAAACCUCGGAAAAGAACUGAAAUAUUUUGAAAAAUACUUUUUUAUGUGGUUCUAGAAUUUAUUUUUAUAAAACUCGAACUCGUGUUAUAAUCGUUCCAAUGUAGUUUCGAGGAUAUUUGAGCCGUCAAGUUUUUUUUGGCCAAGCACUAUAGAGAAAGAAAAUAACGAGACCCUUUUCCGAUCUAUGGCUAAUUCUACACCAAAGAAAUAUCUAUCACUGUAUAUAUUAAACUGGAAAAUGAUUGUUUAGGGGAUAUAUCACUCUAACCAAUUGAAAAAUGUGAAUAUGUAUAAAAUAUUGCUAUAUAUAUUGUACAGCUAGUCAUAGUCAAAAUACGCUUAUAAAAUAUGAAUAAAACGUGUUACUGUUUUUAUAGAAUGAA